GAGGAAGGGAGGUGUGGGAGGACGGACCUGCCAUCGGGGGACCAUGCCGCUUCAGCCCCGCUCCGGUCGGCGGCUGCUUCCUGCGCUGCUGCUGCUGGCGCUCGGGGUUUCCGACCUCGGGGCGCUGAGGCGCUCGCCCCGCUUUCCUUCCCCUCCUUCCGCGCAGCGACCCCGGGAUGGGCGUCGGGAGCCGCGAUUCGAGAGACUGGAGUCCGUUCUUUCAGAGUAUGAUAUUCUUUCUGUGUCCAACAUCCAACAACAUUCAGUAAGACGAAGAGACCUCCAACCUGAGUCCCAUAUAGAGAGGCUCGUAAGUUUUUCAGCAUUGCAUAGGCAUUUUAAAUUAUAUUUAACUUCAACAGCAGACCAUUUUUCAAAAAACUUUCAAGCAGUUAUACUUGAUGGCCGAGGCAAUGAAAGACAGUAUCAUGUACAAUGGCAAGAAUUUUUCACAGGUCACGUUGUUGGUCAGAGUAAUUCGAAAGUUACAGCUCACAUUGGUGAAGGUGACUUCACAGUGAGGAUCAAUACAGAUGCAGAAGAAUACAAUGUUGAGCCCCUAUGGAGGUUUCUCAAUAACACACAAGAUGAAAGGCUUUUGGUAUAUAGAUCAGAAGAUAUCAAGGAUGUCUCACGAUUACAGUCCCCUAAAGUAUGUGGUUAUAUCAAACUAGAAGAAGAUGGGCUUUGGGGAGGAGGGCUCAAGGAUAAUCAUGUAAAUAAAGAAAAUAUCCCUCGGAAAAGAAGAGCUAUUCCAGACCCCUUGAAAAAUACAUGCAAGAUGUUAGUGGUGGCAGAUCAUCGUUUCUUUAAGAAUAUGGGCCGUGGGGAAGAAAGUACUACAAUUAACUACUUAAUUGAAUUAAUAGACAGAGUGGAUGACAUCUAUCGCAAUACCUCGUGGGACAACGCCUACUUCAGAGGAUAUGGCAUACAGAUAGAGCAGAUUAUUGUUCACAGUGAGCCAGAGAAGUUAGGUCCUAAACAAAAACACUAUAACAUGGCAAAAAGUCAGCCUGAUGAAGAGAAGGAUGCUUGGGAAGUCAAGCAGCUGCUAGAGCAAUUCAGUUAUGACAUAGCCGAUAAAGCAGCUAAAGUGUGCCUUGCUCAUCUCUUUACAUACCAAGAUUUUGAUAUGGGUACUCUGGGACUAGCUUAUGUGGCAUCUCAAAAAGCAAACAGCCACGGUGGCAUCUGUCCAAAAGCUUAUUCUAAUUCAUUACCAGGAAAAGCUGUCUAUCUUAACAGUGGCUUAACCAGCACAAAGAACUAUGGCAAAACAAUCCUUACAAAGGAAGCUGACUUAGUUACUACUCAUGAGUUGGGGCAUAACUUUGGGGCAGAGCAUGAUCCUGAUAGCAUGGCAGAAUGUGCUCCCACUGAAGAUCAAGGAGGAAAAUAUGUUAUGUACCCUAUUGCUGUGAGUGGGGAUCAUGAAAACAACAAGAUGUUUUCGAACUGCAGUAAAGCAUCCAUUCUUCAGACUAUACAGACCAAGGCCCCAGAAUGCUUCAAAGAACGGACCAACAAAGUAUGUGGCAAUUCCAGAGUGGAUGAAGGUGAGGAAUGUGACCCUGGCCUUUUGCGUCUUCAUAACGAUCUUUGCUGCACGUUCAACUGCACGCUAAAGCAGAAUGCAAAAUGCAGUGAUCGAAACAGUCCCUGCUGUAAAGGAUGCCAGUUUGAAAGUGCAGAUAAGAAGUGCCAGGAAGCUAUCAAUGCAACUUGUAAAGGAGAAUCCUAUUGCACAGGGAAUAGUAGUGAUUGUCCUCCCCCUGGGAAUGCCUCAGAUGACACCAUCUGUGUAGAUAUGGGCAAAUGCAAAGAUGGAGAAUGCGUCCCUUUCUGUGAGUGGGAGAAGAACCUCCGUUCGUGUGCUUGCAAUGAAACAGAUAACUCCUGCAAAAUCUGCUGUCGAGAUGAGUUUGGGAAAUGCAGCCCCUAUCGUGAUGCCAGCCAGAACUUCUUAUAUUUGAGGAAGGGAAAGCCUUGCACUGUGGGGUUCUGUGACAUGAAUGGCAAAUGUGAUAAGCGUGUGCAGGAUGUGAUUGAGCGACUUUGGGUUUUCAUCGAUCAGCUUAGCAUCAAUACAUUUGGGAAAUUUUUAGCAGACAACAUAGUAGGAUCUGUGCUUGUAUUCUCCUUGCUGUUUUGGAUUCCUCUAAGUAUUCUAGUUCACUGUGUGGACAAGAAAUUGGACAGGCAGUAUGAAGAAAACACCAAAUCUUUGUUUGGUCCCAGUAAUGUUGAGAUGCUGAGUAGCAUGGAUUCAGCCUCUGUCAGAAUCAUCAAACCCUUUCCAGCUGUGCCACCAGCAAGUCGGCAUCAGCCUCUGCAGCCUAUUGUACCCGUGUCAGUUGCAGCAGGAGCUCCAAAACUGGAUCACCAAAGAAUGGACACUAUUCAAGAGGAUCCAAGUACAGACUCUCAUAUGGAGGAGGACUGCUUUGAGAAGGAUCCUUUUCCAAACAAUAGUACAGCUGCCAAAUCUUUUGAAGAUCUUACAGAUCAUCCUGUCACAAGGAGUGAGAAAGCCUCAUCUUUUAAACUGCAGCGCCAACAUAGAGUGGACAGCAAAGAAACAGAGUGCUAGUCUCAGCAUUUUCAGCUGUUGACUCUUCUGGGCAAAAUCAAGUUCAGCUAGUUGAUCCAUUUCAUUAUAAAAAUAACCUCUCUGUGUGUGAGUGUGUGUGUGUAUGCAUUUGUACAUCUAUAUGUGUAUGUAUAUUGAGAGAAAAAAAGCAAGGAAUGACCAACUGCAGAUGCUGGCCAUAUGUAUGAUCUUCCUGGUGUCAGUAUGAAUGAGAACUACCUAAAAGCACAAAGAGUGAGGUCAGAUCUAUUGAAUCUUUCUGGAUCUUUUCUGUAUUCUCAAAUUGAACAUAACCUCCAUGGUAUCGAGCCAUAAUCUGCCUGACACAAGAUUUGUGUAUCUUAGUAUUUUUAUAAUGUGCCUUCUUGGUAUUAAACAGCACUGCUAAAACAGA